CGGCGGGAAACGAUAACGUCUACUGUUUCUCAAGCUGCGGAGCCGGAGCAUACGGUAGUGAUUGCAGAACACGAAGAGGAUAAAGAAGAAAGGGUGGUGGGGCACGUAGAAGCAAUAAAAGAGGAAGAUGAGGAAGAUGAUGUACUGGAUGAAGUGAUGACUCUGCAUUCAGCAUCUACGAUAGACGAAACCGCUGUUGUGGUUGUAGAUGACGUGCGUAUAGAAGAGGAAGUUCAAGCGGCGACGCCUAGAGAGAGUCUGUUCUCGAGAGUCUGCAUUCGAAAGGAGGUAGUGGAAGUGCUGCAGGAACAAGUAAGUGGAGAUGCUGAUGCAGAAAAGGAAGAAGCUGUAAUUGUUGAAGGGCAGACGCCUGAAGAGCCAGUUCAAGAGGUCGUGUCUGAAGUUCAACAGACAGCAGAUGAAGUUGUGCCAGAAGAACUGCCACGGGCGACAGAACAAGUGACGACAGAACAAGUGACGACAGAACAGGCGUCAGAAACUGAAGGAGAUGCUAUGUCUGCAAUCCCUGCUCAGACGAAUCCUGAAGUUCAUGCAGAAUAUCCUGUGCCUGAACAAGCAAUUAUGGAGUUGGAAGAGACAGAGACGGAGGUAGUACUGAUGCCAGUUGUCCCUGAACUAGAUGCAGAAGCAGGAGGAGAAGUAUUGAUUUACUCAUCUCCAGAAACCGAGACACCAGAGGAUGCGACGGUGCCUGAGACGGAAGUGCCUAGCAGUGUCGUGUCUCAAGAACCAGAGGAAGUCGCGCUCGUGGGCGCGGAAGAGGGAGAAAUGGCAGCAAAAGCAGUAGUGGUUGAAGACGUCAUUCGGGAGGAAGUAGAAGAGAUGGGAGUUGCCAACACGAGUAGUCCUGUCGAAGCACUAGAAGAACCAGUUGAGGGGGUUUCUGGCACUGUUCUCGAAGAUGCUGCCGCAGCGCCACUACAACAGGUUGACGAGGAGACCGCUGCUCCUGAAGAAAGCAAUGUCGUUUUUACCCCUACCGCCAAUGACUCGACCUUGAACAACAUGAUGGAUGCAGAGGGAGAACAAGAUUUGAAUAACAUCUCAGCUGCUCAUGAGCCUGAAGCGCCAACGACGCAAGAAAAAGUGUCAGCCUAUCAUGGACAUGACGACGACCACCUUCACCAUGAAGAAGCCGACUCUAGUCUCAAGGAUGAAACCGAAUCUGCUUGCACUAUCAUGUCUAAAGUCGAACAGAGGAAAAGAAAUAUGCUGUUGAAUGGAGGCGGUCCAACAUCAAAAAAGAAGCUUCAGCUUGCUGCUCGCAAACUAGUUUUCAAUUGCACCGAGUCGGAACAUAGGGAUCAUGCUGAGCAUGCUGGUGACGGGAACGAACAACAUAGAAGCCGCGGGAAAAAGGGUGAAGAUCAGGACGAAGAUCAUGGCGAUGAUGUCGACCACGACGACGACGAGGACUACUACGGUGGCGCCAACAACUUCUCUGACGAGGAUGACGAUGAUGCUCCUCAUCAUUUGAGAAACCUCGAUAACCCCAACCAAAGCAAAAGCUUGAGUUUCCUAGGCACGUGCCAGAGUAAGAGUGGGUCGCGCAACGAGAGCGUGGGCGCUUUGGACCGCGUUUCCCAACAAAAGUUCGCAUCUAAGAUUUCUCUCGAUCAUGUCGCCAACAACUCGAUCGCCAACAGUGAACGUAAAGCAGCAGCCCACAGACAGAUUGGUAUCUCUAGAGACAGCAGAGCCACAGUUCAGCAAUGCCUCGACGAUCGAACUCUGCAAAUUUUGCACAAACUACUGCGGAAUGGAGUCUUGGAGGAGAUUAACGGGUGUGUGUCUACGGGAAAAGAGGCGAACGUUUAUGCGGCAACCAGCAAGCAAGCGUUUGAGGUUGGACAUCUGAUGCCUUGUGGUAGCAACGAUGCGUCGGAACAACAGCCGCUCGGGAACGACCCAGAGGCUCGUGAAGAGGAGGACGAAGGAGGAGAGGAGGAAGACGAGGAUGACGUUGACGACACUUCUACUUUGAGAGCGAACCAUAACCACAGGCGUGCACUGAAGUCGACGACAAAACUAGCUGCUUCUGAAGAUGCGGUUAGAAUGGAUUCUGAACAAGCGGCUAGUGCGGAACGGAGGCACAAGAAGAAAGCCGAUGAAGCUGCGGAUGAACAGAGACGUCGGAAUAAAACUGCAAGACACAUGGUAAAUCCAGAUAAAGCCAAGCGAUUGGCGAAAUCUUCGACAGCGGAGAAUGCUGCAGAAGAAACCUCGACGACAUCCUCUUCCACUACUACAGUUACAACUUCUGUUGAUCUACAGUGUAAAAACACUAUCCUGAAUCAUCUCGCAGUCAAGGUUUUCAAGACUUCGGUUUUAGUUUUCAAAGAUAGAGCGCGCUACACGGAGGGAGAUUACCGGUUCCGGCAUGCGGUGUCGAGAGGAAAUCCCCGGAAGGUGAUAGCUCAGUGGUGUGAGAAGGAGUACAGAAAUUUGCAAAGAAUCCGACAGAAGGCAAAUUUUAUUAAGGUAUUUUUAUUUUAUUUUCACAGUACUUGUAGUAUAUUUCUAAUAAUAUAUUUUUUUCACUAUAUAGGCUUAGCCCUUCAAACAAUCAAGGUACUUAAUAUUUUUUUUUCCGAGUACUUUUUACUUCUGACAGCAUGUUGUUGAUACUUGUAGAUGAUACAACUUCUCGGCGACAGUUGUACUACCCCUUUAAUAUGUGUAGACGAAACGACAGCGUAUUUCCAUAAGCACUUGAGUAACAAGUCGCAAAGAUUUGCGUCAUGCCCAGCAUGUUGCACUACUUUCUCAUCAAUCUAAAUCGCAAUUCAGGUCCCUUACCCAAUCGAACACCGCGCAAACGUCUUGGUCAUGGCUUUGAUCGGGCACGAAGGCAUCGCUGCCCCACGCCUAAAGGACGUUCCCACAGAAGAAUUAGUAGUUGAACAGCGACAAUUGAAAGUGUACUUCUCCAAGAGGGAAGAAAAUGAAUCCAAUGCCGAAGAACAGGAAGAGCAGGAAGAGCUCCACGACCUGCUGGAGCAGGAUCCUUGGCUCUUCACCUACCUGCAGUGCUGUAGGAUGCUCCGGGACUUGUUUCAGAACUGUAAGCUGGUCCAUGGAGACUUGUCGGAAUACAACAUCCUCUACUUCAACGGCUCGUUGUACAUGAUCGAUGUCUCGCAGUCAGUGGAGAUGGAUCAUCCGCAGGCUUUGGAUUUCUUGAAGCGGGACUGCCAGAACAUCAAUUCCUUCUUUCAGAAACAAGGUAAUCACUUAUACUAUGUUCUUUGAUCAUGAGAUUUGUAUGUAAAUAGUAAAUUUUUUUUCGUCGUGUAAGGAAGCAAGAUGAAAGAAUAAAUCGGACUCAGACCACUCCAGCAUUCACAUUCAUUCAAUCACAACUGUUGGAUCUGUUUCGUCUUGCCGGUAGUCUAGGAUGACUACUUGAAGAGACGCGAAGGAAUGAAUGUUCAGUAGAUUCUCAAAAACAUCUUAAUCUUUCUCAUUCAGUCUCCAUCUUCUCCUCUACCAAGAACACAACGUUAUCACACACGACAGGUAUCGACGUCCUUCCUCUCCGAUGGCUCUACCACUGGGUUGUUGACGAGAAUUUAGGAACAAGUGCUUCUUCUUCUGCCAGACAGAACAGAUCAACAGUUGCCUUGUUCGACGUAGCCCUCACUAAGCUGAAAGACUUGAUGUUCAACGUGGAUCGCGACUCCAAAGAUUUCGAGCUCGAAGAAGAAUUUAAGAACACUUGGGUACCCUCGAAUCUGCAUCAAAUUUCUGAGAUGGCGGCUUUGGAGAAGGACAUGGACAAACUAGACCGAGGUGAACAGGUUGUAGUCAGCAACUUGUUGGCUGAUCGAAGAAGUAGAGGUGAUGAAGCUGGAGCUGGCGGUGGAACGUGGUUAGAGGGUGUACCGGAAGAAGACGAACUUUCCAAUCUUGAUGAUGCUGCUGUUGACGAACUGCUGAAUGAGGUGGAUAAAGAAGAUGAUCAUGCUAGUAAAGAAGCUUCAACAAAGAAACAAGACAGUGGGAGAGUAGAAAAGCGACAGAAGCAUUUAGACAAGUGGCGUGCGUUCAGACAGAAAAAGCGAAGUCGUCGUGAUCCUGCGUCCACCUGUGCUGCAUCCGAGGGAACCGACAGUGUGGUGGGAGGAGGUCAAGAAAGCUUGUUGGGGGAUGUAGAAGGCCACGAGGAAAAUGUCGCAGUAGAGGAUGCUACGACGUCUGAAUCGGCUAAUUCUGACCAAAACAAGCCUGGCGAAGAUGCUGCUUCUGACCAAAACAAGGCUGGCGAAGAUGCUGCUUCUGACCAAAAACAUACUGAAGAUACAACUGCUUCUUCUUCUCGUCUAUUGCCAAAGGACGAAGAGCCAGUAGAUGCACAACAGGCAGAAAGAAUAGAGACUGUUGCUGACAAGAAAGAGGAAGGGGAAGAACAGGGCAGUGAUGCGGAAGAGGAAUCUCCAGAGGGUGACGAGAGUGAAAUCGAAGAUGGCGAAGAAGUACCCGGCGAAGAGGAGGAAGAGACCACCGAAGGAAGAAAAAAGAAGCCCAAAAAACUUCCAGAGGGAGCUAGGGAUCCUAACCUGUCAAAAGCAGAAUGGAAAGCCAAGAUUAAGCAAGAGAAGGAAGAAAGAAGAGCUGAAAAGAUGCCCAAAAAAUUGAAGAAAAAACUUGGUAAGAAAUAAGUCAUGACACCCAGGAGAAGUCUUGAUGGUUGCAUCUGGAUAUUAUUGUAAAGUACAUGUUUUCAACUACCAACUUGCUCUUCUUUUUAGAAGGUACAAUUAGGCUGAAAGACCUCAACACUAUUUGACAGGAUGGAAAAUGAGGGAGCAUGACAUGACAUGACAACUACCUUGGGCAAAUGAAUUACAAUACGGUAAAUGCCACCUACUUGAC